AUGGACCCCAACAUGGAUCCGAACAUGAAUCGGACCAUGGAUCCGUCUAGCGGAGCCGACAACUCUGCUGGUGGCCAGGCCCAGCAACCUCUGGAUGCACUUUGGAAUGCCUUUCAACAAUUCGUUGCCAACCGCGAAACUCCUGUACAAGUUAUGCCCCAUCAAGUUCAGAUGUUCACCAGAUUUGACGACCAAGGCCGUCGGUACAUGGUCUUGGAAAACUUGCCCCUCGACAAGAAUUAUGUUGCCAACUGGAUCAAUAGCGGAGGAGAAUUUGCCAUCGGUGGCGACCCUUGGUUCAUCCGCGAAGCUCUUAACAACGAACUUACCGCCAGAGCAGUUGAAGACUCAGUAAGCCAGUACGGAAAGUCAGUGUGGCAUGUUGUUGUCUUUCCCGACUCAAACAUGUCAAAUGCACCGAGGUUCAACUUCUACCGUGACUCUCCAGUGACCCAAGGAUAUCCCGUGGCCACAACUUUGCGGCCCACUCAGCAGAAUCCUCAAAACAACCAGCCGGCUACGGUCUCCCAGAGUAUCCCUUACACCAACCAGCAGCCUGUGCUUGCCCGGAACAACCCCAUGGGUGGCUUUGGACAGGCCAAUUCGUCUGCUGGACCAUCUCAGCAGUCCCAAUUCACUACUCCCGUGCCUGGCACGUUCAGCAGCCGCGGCGCAUCGACAGUGGCGUUCCCUCCGGAGCAGUUUUACUCCCAGGCUCCCCAGCAGGGCAGCUUUCACAGAUUCGACCAGAACAACAGACCAGCGCAGGCCAACUACCAACGCCAGAGCAACAUCGGCAUGUUCAAUCAAAGCAGUGGAGCCCCGAUGGGAUUCCUUCCCCGGGUCCACCGGCCAAUAUUUGAUAGACAUGGCUACAUCGUUGGUGAGCAAGGCAACAUAAAUGCCGACAACAUGUAUGGUGGCAACAUGUACGACAGAAAUCCGUACAGCAGCAACAUGUUCAGUAACAUGCACGGCAGCAACAUGGGUGGUCCUCACCAACCUAUGCCAUCUCAAGGACCUCAGCAACAACGCAAUCCAGCCCAGCCGGCACGGAAUGCAGAGACAAGCAACCCGCAACUUGCGGCUGACGCCCAGUCCUUUUUCUCUUUUGUCAAACAUAAGAUGGAUCAAGACGAGGAUUAUCAAGACGAGGGCGGCCAAGACGAGGGUAACCAAGACGAGGAUGGCCAGGAAGAGGGUAGCCAGGAGAGCAACCGAGCUGAGGUUGAUCAAGAUGAGAGAGACCGGGACGAGGGCAUCGCGUUGGGAAACACCAGCAGCAACAACGCACACAGCAUCAACCGCCAGCGAACAGCUCCCCCCAAGCCGGUGCUCGUCUACCCGCCCGACAGCUCAGUCAUGAAUCUCCUGUCGGCCAGCGAGAGGGAGCCCCACCGCUUCGCCGACAACACGGGGACGAACCUCUGCGACUACUGCGGCCGCGACGGCCACGAGGCCGACGCCUGCAUCAAGUGGGACCCGGUCCACUUCGACAAGCCCGUGUGCACGGCGUGCAACAACGACCAGCACUCCCUGGACGAGUGCCCCAAGUUCCGCGCGAUGCCAUCAUCGCAGAGGGAGGCCCUGCUCCUCGGCAAGGGUGGACGCAGACCCGGCGUGCGCAGCGAGUACCACGCGUGGACGCACUACGUCCACCGCGGAGGCAAGUACAACAUGGAGGGCGGCGGCGGGCUCCCCCUGACGCGGCUGUUCCUGCGGAACCUCACGCUCGACAGGGACAGCGGCGCAAUGAUGCAGGACGUGUGGAAGGUCUGGGACUACGAACGCGGCGUGCCGGAGCGGUUCCGGGAUCCCAGGGCCGAGUCUCUGGCGGGCGACCCGGCGGCUGACGUGGACGAGAGGUUCAAGGCUGGUCAACACAAGCUGGGUUGGAAGAUGCCUGUUCCGCAAAGCGUUUCCCGUGCGGCGCCGAGCCAGGGUCUGACGCCGCCGUACAAGCCGGUGCCUCAGUUUAGGAACGACAAUGCGGAGGAGGGAGAUGAGACGGAGCUCUGA